ACGACAGACUGAGUGUCUAAACAGCAGCUGUUUUCCUGGUUCAUGUUUUACAAAGAAAACCUCAGUUCUCCAUCAUCUGUGUCUCCUGCAGCGACUCUGAGAGUCCUCCCCAACAGAUCCCAGUUCUUCAUGUACGAGUCUGUCUCUCUGAGCUGUGAACAUCAGGGGAACUCUUCAGAGUGGAGAGUAAAGAGGAACACAUCCACAGGAAUAAAUGAAGACUGUCCCACAUCCUGGGGUACAAGACAUGAAACCCACUGCUCCACUGAUGUUUACCCAAUGGAAACUGGAGUGUACUGGUGUGAGUCUGAAGCAGGAGAGUGCAGCAGCACCAUCAACAUCACUGUAACAGGUGGUUCAGUGAUCCUGGAGAGUCCUGUUCUUCCUGUGAUGGAGGGAGACAAUGUGACUCUGAGCUGUACAUAUGUGACAAAUUCCUUCUCCAAUAUCACCUCUUAUUUCUACAAAGACGAGCUUUUCAUUGGCAGCAGCUCCACAGGAAACCUGACCAUCCACAGUGUUUCUAAAUCUGAUGAAGGAUUCUACAAGUGUAAGAUCUCUGGAGGUGAACAAUCACCAGACAGCUGGCUGACUGUCAGAGAAGCAGAGCAUCCUGAGUCGUCUCAGUCAACCCCUGCUCAUAUUCUACUUCCUGUGGUGGGUCUCUGCCUGGUCUCAGUCUCGACCUUUGUGUUGCUGCUCUGCCUCUGCAGGACCCAAGAAGGUGAAAUCAGCCCCACAGUUGUGUUGUACACUGACGUCACCAGGACACGCAAGACCAACAAAAAAGGUCCUGAGGGGGGGCUCCUCCUCACUCUCCUCUGUGGCUGUGUACACACCUGUCAGGAAGAUAUACACACCUGAACCUGUGCUGACGUACAGAGCCUGCAGCUGAUCAUCAGCCUGUUUAACUCCUGCUGCUUCACUCACCACAACACUAACAGAGAAUAACUGCAUCACAGUCAUGGCUGGUAAUAUUAGUGUCUGUAUAUAUUAAUGAGCCAUUAGAGGCACAAUAAAACACAACAGGACCAAACAUGGACACUGGAGUAACAUCACAUACAGAUCUUAAAGGAACAGUUCGACUUCUUCAGGUAGAUGAUUAAUACACACACGUGUCUGUACCAUCAAUACAAAGCUUCAGUUAGCAGCUGGUUAACUUAACUUAGCAUAAAGAACAGAGGCAAAGAGCUAACAAAAGGUAGCAUAUUUAUAAAAAUAAUUACAUUGAGCAUGACUGACUUUGUGUAUUUGGGAUGUUUCUGCUGCUGAGAACAUUUAGUUUGAAAAUGGUGUCAGGUUUCUCACUGUGUCAUGUGACCUGAACUGAGUAUCAGCAUCUUUUAACAAACAUCUGACGUCUGUAAAUUGCAGCUAAAAACACACAGUGCCACCAACAUCAAAAGUAAAUUAUUAAUCUGUGGAAACAUUACAACAUCUACAUGUUUUUGUUCAAAUGUGUGUGUGUAGUGUUAUUUAUUGAUUUUUAAUAAACGAUUGUGAUGUUUGAUUGGGUGUAAUUUACAGUGUGUGACUGUCCUGUCACUGCAGGAGGAAUCAUCUGUUUCUAUUUGAAUUAUUCCCUGUUUGACCACAUGGUGGCACUAUAACAUCACAGAAUGAAGACAGUGAAACUCAAACACAAGCCUACACACUGUUUGGAAAUGUGAAGCUCUCACAGUGUCCUCAGUAGGAGUCAGUGGCCUUUGUGCUGAGAGCCUCAGGCAGAGAGAGGCAGUCAGAAAGUAGUGAGAGACAAACAAACACAUUUUUCAACG